UCGCGCUAAAUAUGUGAAGCUCCAUUAACAAUCAAUAAACCAUAUUUGGCGCCAAAACAAGAUGGCGACCGCCACGCAGGUGGCUUGUGAUCACUGACUUCGAAUGGGUCCGACCGAUGUUUGUCUUUUGCGUGGGCUACGUGCCGUGACCCCAGUCAAAACCCGUUUUGCCAAAAUACACCAAGUGUUUUAUGCUCAUUUUGUGUUUGUGCUGUUCUGCGCGUCAGCAAAACGUUCAUUAAUUUGGCGAGUGGCUCUUACAAGAAAAACUGUCCCCUCUGUGAAUUCUCUUCGGCCCUAGACGACGUGUUAGUGUUAUAAUGAAGCGCGCCUACCCUGGCGCUACUGAGAGCGGCGCCGAUUGUGAACAAGUUCUUCCCGUAAAUGUUGUGGGCAAUAAUUGCGGCGGCGGCGGCAGCGCUAGUGUGGCAGCAGCUAUCGUUGCCGGUAGGCCUUCACAUACGGUUGCUCUGACGGCCGGCAACACCAAUUUGGUAGUAGUUUCUACAUCUGGGACUAACCUUGUCCAUACGACAGACGUGGGUAUCCAUUCCGGGAAUGAGCAGCAGUCCAUAAAGGUGGCCAAAUUAGCAAAGGCUAGCACAGAACCCGAGUCGACCGGUGAACUCGCGGGUCUCGACCAGCUUGAGCUUACGGUAACGGAGACUGGUACAGGCGAAGAUGUCGGCGGAGCGGAGCAGGCAGAAGAGGUUCUGUUAGUGGAGGCGAUACAGUCUGGAGGGGAUCUUAUAGCAGUGCCUGCUGGAACAGUUGUUGACGAUACGGGGGCGGCAGUCGCGGGGGUUUUAGGAGAUGUCACAGCUACUGUAACGACAGCGGCUUCGGAGACGGUAGCAACUGAAACCGUCGUUGUUCAAGUUGCUGCUCCUCAUAGCAUCGUGAAUAAUACUAACGAAGGUCAGACGAAUAUUGAGGGUGAUGGGGUUACAUAUGAAACCGUUCAAGGAUCUGUUGGCCUGUCCAACGAUACCGUAACUGCUGUGGAAUGGCCUGGUGAACGUAGUGGUGAAACUGAGGUACCCGUCGGUGGCGAUGAAGACGAGGCGCUUUCUGGAGGAACGUCUAUUAUGGAUGACGAAUGGCUGGAAGAAGGAGAUGGCACCUGGCCUCCGAUCUGGACACGCGAAAUGUGGCUCGAACGCCGGGCAAAGCACCACUGGCUUUCGGCCCGCGAAAGCCGACUUGGCUGCAGGUACUGUCUGCGUGUCAAGUAUAUGGGUACGAGUGCUGGAGAUUCUAUAGACGUCUCAUCGGAAUGGGUCUCAUAUUCAAUAGCCUAUAGCGGCGAAACCCGUGAACAACAACUAAAGUCGCUUCGUAAUAAAAUUCAGCGACACGAGGUAUCUAAAGCUCACGUAAAGGCAGAGGAGCUUAUUAAUAACAAUAAAAACAACCUACCGACCCACAGUCAAGUUACGCAAACACUGAAUAAACAAGUUCAUAUGACCGCCCAGGUGUUCAAAGAUGUGUACGCGCUGGUUAAAGAAAGCAUUGAUUUCGAAGUGUACGAAGCAACCUUUCAAGCGAAUUUAAAAUAUAAAUCCUAUCGAGAUUUUGCAAUUUAUCAAGAAUUUGAAGCGGUAUCGAUAGUUUGGCAUAUUGCCGAGCAAAUAAGAUCGCAGCUUGUUCGCCAAGUAAUGAGCCACCGGUUUCCUUUGGCCGUUGUCGUUGACCACGUUGAGGGAUAUCUUACCUCAGCACAGAGCGUCUUUCUGAUCUAUCUCCGGAUUCGCUCAGAGUCGUCAGGUUUACGAAAUGUUUUCUGGGACGCGAUACCAUACCCCUCGACAAACGACCCAAGUAUGGGUCCUAUGCCCGUUGUAUCCCAAUCACUACUUGAUGGGGGCUUCACAGUGGAUUUCCUUAGUCAACACCUGAUGUGCUUUGUGACCGACCCGCUCGGCGUACAUCUUGGCGCCGGAUCAAAUCUAUGCCAUCAGUUGGCGCUUUCAUUUGACAAAAUUGUGAUAUGGUAUGUGCUUGCAUAUAGGUUAGAGGAGAUGGUUUUAGCGACGAUGCGUAAACUCGCAGCACCAAACUAUAUUGGUCAAUUGUACGAGACUCUGUUUGCCCUGACGCAACUGAGCGACCGUAAUCUUCAGGAGCUGCUUAUUAACACACCUUCAGUACACGAUCAGGUGUUGCGGGUGGGUCAGUUGUUUCAGCCAGCUGAUGUGGCGUCCACGUUUAAAGCGGUCUCAGCUCUCAGUGAAUCGUACGCAAUUCUCUAUAUGUACAUGAUCCAGGCAGGCAAUGAUACAACGCGAUCCGAAGCGGAGAAACGCAAAUAUUCAUUUGCUAAAGGCCUUAUGGAGAGCGAACAGUUUGUUCGAGAGCUUGCCCUUGUUUACGACGUCCUUAAGCUUUUGCACGAUACGCGGAUGCAAGUUGAUUGCACUGAUUGCGACAUGGCACGAGCUGACUCGGUGCUCGUCCAGGCGAUGGAGGGUCUAAUGACGUUACGACAGCAGCCUGGCCCAUUCGAAACUGCUGCCCUAACUGAGCUGCAACCAGGAGGCUCACGAAUGUUCAUUAAUGUUGGUCCUCUUAUUGAUAACCCACUUCUGCAGGCGCCAAACCGUGCCGCUUUCAUGGACCAUAUCGUCGAACUAUCCCGCGAAAACAUGAUUUCUAUCUCUGGUCUAGCUGAACACCUCGUUGAGAACUUCAUCCGCGAUCUGCACACGAUUAAUCUUACAAAUUGGCCACCGAAUGCACCGGUGACGUUUGCCGACGAAUCUGUUCGACGGCUCUGCUCCGUCUUCGAGCUGGAGGAUCGUGAAGCCGACAUUCGGGAGGCGUUCCGCAAUUUUGUACGAACCGGUCGGCAAGCCGGAGCGAUCUCGCAAGAUAUGGUGCUCCUUCAAAAUCAUGCAAACGUCUUCCCCUGCUCAAGUGAAAUGUGUGCCGACGUUGUCGAAAAGAUAAACAAAUGCAAGCCCGCCAGAGCAGUGGAGAGUAUACGGAGUUUGUCGGCAUCUCUGUUUGUCCAUGUGAACGGCGACAGUAUUUUCGUGCCACUCCCGUUGGUGCGAACAUGGUGUGUAAAAUAUCCGCUUGCCACCGAAUCAAAGACACCGAAGAAGAAAAAGCCACUGGAGGAAGAAAAUUGCAGUGUGACGUCAGCACGAACAGCUAAUGAAAUCAGCCAGGGACAACAGCAAAGUGAGGAGAGCUUCGUUGCGGUGCUACAGGAGUAAGCUUUUGAAGGAUUUUAAAAAUACCGAAUAAGAUUGCCUGUAACGAGUUUAAGUUUGUAUACUAAGUGUGUAUAUAGGACAAUACUUUCAAUGAUCUGAUGGAUCCCCUUUUAUUUCUGACAUUUACAUAGGUUCGCCAACCUAUCACACUCUUUCUAGUUUAUCAUGUGCCGGCUUGAAUAAAAAUUGUCGGCGUAUUCGAGUAUUCAAUUGUAGUUUGGACAAAGCAGGCAUAAAAUCAUAGGUCCUAGACUAUAUAUAUAUAUAUAGUCUGCAUAUAUAUAUGCAUAUUCGUGUCCUACAUUCGCGUUGCACAGCACGCGUUCAGUAUGACAGAAAAAACAAGUUAACGGCAAUGUAUAGCCAGAUGAGGUAUAGUAGGUACUUUAUUAUUUUAAUGUUUCAAAGUGUAUCAAGCCGCCUUUACACGUUUUAAUGUGAAAAAUUAUAUCAGUCUUUUUGCACGGGGUAAUUAAGAGGCACUUCAGAAGAUCUUCUCCUCUGUUCACAUUAAUCACACGUGAUCAGUUUACAUUAGCCGCGCCUACAGUUGUGCCAAUAAAAAAUAUCUGUAACAGACGUGUGCUUUUAUGUUACUUUGUUGAGUUAAAAAUACAGUGGCCAGCUUAAAUACACCAUGAUAUUACAUGCAUGAUGCUAAGGAAUAUCUCAAUAUAUUCAGCUAUUAAUAAAAAAUGACUUUUCUAAAAAAAUCAUUGUAAUUUUGAGUGAAUAUAUUUACACGGACUUCGAAAUUGUAUAGACGCUCGUCAACAAUUCAAAACGAAAAGUAAAAUAAGAACAGGAAUAAUUACUGCCUACUAGUUUAGUUAAUCUAAGUAGCGUAUUACUAUAGAGCUAUAUAGGUUGAGUAUAACUGUAAUAAAUUCGAACUUUUACACAAGCCGUCAAGUUAAUUGGAGUGGAAAAAAACAGUGGGAUGAGUACCAUGUCCGUUUCAACGAGAGGCAUAAUUGAUAGAUGGCGAGCAACUAAUUCAUUGUAAGGUGCUGUUCGUUUUCCAAUAUGCCUUUUGUAUAUCAGCUGUACAUGUAUUGCUAUAUUUAACUUGCAUCAUUAGUAUUAACUGUAGGCAGAUCAUUUAUGAGGUGCUUGUAAAA